GAAGUUGUCCUUAAAAAUAUUUCUCGCCGGCCCGCGGUGGAGCAGCCACGUCGUCAGAGCAGCAUGUGGACUGGUUCGCCGGGUCCCCUAAGCGCUCCGUGGCUGCCGCCGCCGCCAGAGCAGCAGUUACCGGCAGCGGGAGCCCCACGCGGGGCGAGGAGCCGGGACGCGCGUCCGCCGCGGCCCCUGCCCACUGCCCGCCGCUUCUCCUCGGGAGGUGGCGGUCCCCGUCGCUGCUGAGAACCGAGCCGCAUUCCCAAGGCUGGUCGCCUGGUGAGAAGUUGAGACUCUGCGCCUCCCGCCCGGACCCACAUGGCUUGUUACCUGGUCAUCAGUUCGAGACAUCUCAGCAAUGGGCACUACCGGGGCAUUAAAGGAGUCUUCCGAGGGCCCCUCCGCAGGAACGGAUCUCCCUCUCCGGAUUUUCCAGAAAAGGAGAAGUCCACAGCAAAGGCCCUGGGGGACGUAAAGGCAAACUUCUACUGCGAAUUAUGUGACAAGCAGUAUCACAAGCACCAGGAAUUUGAUAAUCACAUUAAUUCUUAUGAUCAUGCUCAUAAGCAGAGACUGAAAGAAUUAAAGCAACGGGAAUUUGCUCGAAAUGUAGCUUCCAAGUCAUGGAAAGAUGAGAAGAAACAAGAAAAAGCACUUAAACGGCUUCAUCAGCUGGCCGAGCUCAGGCAACAGUCGGAAUGUGUUUCUGGAAAUGGACCAGCAUACAAAGCCCCCAGGGUAGCCAUAGAAAAGCAACUCCAGCAAGGAAUUUUCCCAGUUAAGAAUGGAAGGAAAGUAUCCUGCGUGAAGACUGCUCUUCUCCUUAAAGGAAAGAACCUCCCCAGGAGCAUGUCUGACAAACAGCGGCCUACCACGCCAGGUCGACACCAGUUACAGACAGACAGACUUUAUUUGUUUGGGAAGCGGGUACCACAAACAUCUUCAGAUCUCAGUAAUGCAAAUCACCGGACAGGAGUAUCCUUUUCUUUUUCCAAAAAAGUGCACGUAAAAUUAGAAUCUUCAGCAUCAGUUUUUAGUGAGAACACAGAAGAGACCCAUGAUUGCACCAAGUCACCCAUCUAUAAAACAAAACGAACUGUGGAGAAAUGCAAGUGCCGCAGGUUUGCAAACGAGGGUACACACCUCACUGAGGGAGGAGAUAUAAACAUCCCAUCGAGCCACCUGGAAAGUGUUUUACACAAUAGCUUCUCCCUAAGCUCUCAAAUUCUGCAAGACAAAAAUGACUCCAUUGAAACAUUAGAAGAUUCGAUUGGCAUUCGUGCUUCACUCUCUGAGUCAAACAUUCAUCUUUCAGAUAUGGAUUUUACUCCUUCCAAAAGAGAAAAAGAAACUAGAAAGACAUUGAAGAACCUUUCAGAAAGCCGCAUUAAUCAUGCAUGCCAAGCAAAUGCUUCCUCCAGCCCACCAAACGUUUACAAGCUCAGUGAAGCCAGGAUAUUUAAAUGUCUGGAUGAGUUUCCAUCACUGGAGCCAAGUGAGCAAAACAAUCCAGUGCAUCUGAAUUCCAGCUCCAGAAAGAAGGGAGAAAAAUCCUUAGAUGAAACAGAAAGAGUUAGCAAAAAUGUGCAAAGGCUCCACAGAGAAGCAUGUUCCCAUGAUGUGAAGUCCAAACCAUUGCCUUAUCUGCACGUACAAAGCAAGGAUGGCCACACCACCCUCCAAUGGCCUACAGAACUGCUGCUCUUUACAAAAACGGAGCCCUGUAUCUCUUAUGGCUGCAACCCAUUAUAUUUUGAUUUUAAGAUUUCUCGGAACGCAAAGGAUGGCCGUGAUCCAGAGGACUUAAAAACAGAAUUGAUUAAGGAGCCCUUAGAAAUGAAGACUAAAAUAGAGAGCCAAGUCUCAGGUUUAAUCAAAGACCAACAAAAAUUGAUCCAAGGAGAUAAUCAAUCUCUGAAACCAAAGAUGAUGACAGCUAAUCCAGAUUGGGAAAAUUCCCAGAGAAAAUAUAAUUUGGGACACAGUGAUUCUGAGCCAAACAUGAGUAAACACAAUUUUAGUGCCAGUAAUUUAGAAAUGAAAAAUCCUGAAGUGCCUGCUUACCUUGAUAUCUCUCUGAAGAAUUGUGUAGGAAACAAUAAUAGGAGUGAUAAUGAGCUGAAGGAAACUUUAAGGACCCACUGGCAAAGCUGCCGAAGGGUGGUUCUCAAUGAUGCAAACGAGGGCCUGUCUUUUGCUUCUUACAUCCCUAGGACUAAAAAGCAUAAACUGAUUCCUUGUGAUUCUCAUUCAGAUUUUGAAGACGCAAAUCAGUUCACCUGGAAUUCUAGUCCCUACACAGUAAGGGGUCACAGUGACCAUGGGCAGGACUUCAGUGUGAUUUUGAAUAGUAACCACAUCAGCAUGACCAACAGGGUGCCCGACUGUAGAAACCGAAGUGACCAGAGAAGUCCUCCAAAGGUGUCUGUAGAUAGACGUCCCAGCCCUUCAGACACAUCCCCCGACAGCACAUCCAGCUUGAGAAGUACUUCUUCAAGUCACAGGUCCAGUAGUCCUGGCAGAGGCAAUUGGCUCUACUUUUGUCAAAGAGAACACAACUCAGUUAAAAGACACAAAGAGAAACGCCAAAAGCACAGCUGCUUCUGCUUGUCUGGUGAGCUAGCGAAGAGAGACUGCCUGCAGUCAGAAAUGCAGAGAGAUAGAAGCUGCAAAUUGUGGGAAUCGUUUAAAAAUGAAAAAUACUCAAAACGUAAAUAUGGUCACUGCAGAGAAAGAUAUAAACUGGGCAAAAAUCAACAAUUUUCAGGGCCAAAGUCCAGGAGAGGUACCCAGUGUAAUACUAGCUCACAGGUUUUCUGUGCUGGGAAUCGUGGAAAACCACCUGAUUGCCAAGGACCCCAGCACGGCCAACCGGGCUCUUACUCAAGAGAGAGAAUGUAUUACUUAAAUAAAAGCGAAAGAAGUCAACAAUCUUUGCACAGCCCUCACCUUUGUGAUCUGGGAAACGUAAAACCCGUGCAGUGUAAGUCUGGGAAUAUCAGCUGUCUUCUGAGGAGCUGUUCCAGCCACCCUUCAGAAACCACAGAGUUAAACGUUGCAAGAGGAGAGAAGACGGCGGUGACAGCCAAAAGCCUUUUAGAAAGAGUUCAAGCCAAGAAGUGUCAGAAGCAAUCAGCUAAUUUUGAGGUCUCUUCAAACAGUUGUAAAAAUGAAUCAGAGGCUCAUUCACAGAUCCAGUGCACAAUUCAAAUUACAGCACCAAGCUGUAACAGACCAGCAUUGCCUUUGUCUGAAAAAAUACAAACCCCAAGUAAAAGAAAUAAUGACAGAGGCGCUGCAAUUCCAAGAACCCUUGAGAAAGACAAAGUCAACAGUUCACAGACAAAUAACUUUACUGUUUUAGUAGACGCUGAUUGUGAUAACCGUCUUUCUAAAGGUAUAAUUCAUAUAGUAGCAGAGUCUCAGUCACCGAGCAUGAAAAAGAACCCAACAAUAGAACAGUCAAAACCUUUACCAAGUGAAGUCCAACCUUUUAUUCAAAGCUGUGAUGCAGUACCAAAUGAUUUCCCUGGUGCUUUUCCAUCUAAUAGAUAUCCUGGCGUUCCUGAGACCAAAGAAGACCAAAUAAACCUAAACUCGCAGGAUGUAAGCAUGCAUCCGAAUCAUGCAGAGGGGAAUUUGGACCCUUACUAUGACAGAACUAUGCAGAAGCAAGACACAGCAGCAGAUGAAUUAGAGUUGUAUCAUAAAUCUAUCUCUCCCCCUUUAAUUCAACAGCCAGUGACAUUUUCUCCUGAUGAAAUAGAUAAAUAUAAGCUCCUCCAGCUACAAGCCCAGCAGCAUAUGCAGAAACAGCUCCUAUCAAAGCAUCUCCGGGUGCUGCCUGCUGCGGGGCCGGCCACCUUCUCUGCAGCCUCAGCUGUGCAGACAGUCCCGGUUCACCAGCACGCUUCUUUCACCACCAUCCACCACACGUUCCUGCAGCAUUUUGCUGUUUCUGCUUCUAUAAACUCCCAGGGCGGUCAUCUCCCAAUAGCUCACCUGCAUCCCCUCUCACAGCCACAUUUUACUCCAUUCCCAUUUUCCCCGCUGACUCCAGCCAUCAUCCCUGCACACCCCACUUUCAUGGCGAGUCGCCCCCUACAUUUGGUCACUGCAGCCCCCUUCCACCCAUCUCACAUAGCACUUCAGCCCCUGCCCCCGGCAGCAUUCAUCCCCACGUUGUUUGGCCCUCACUUAAACCCAGCCACAGCUUCUAUCAUCCACUUGAAUCCUUUAAUUCAACCAGUGUUUCAAGGUCAAGAUCUUUGCCAUCAUUCUUGCUCCAGUCAGAUGCAACAGUUAAAUGGAGUGAAAGAGGCCUUAAACGUGUCAGCGCACUUGAACUGA